AUGGUGGAGGCUUGUGCAGAGCUGUACACCUUCAGUGGGCGAGUAUCAAAACAAGCAGAUGGAGCAUCAUUCCCACCGUUUGUUAAGAAGGGUCAGAUACUGCGCUUCUUCUCCUCUGAUAUUUGCAGAUCGAUCUAUGGAGUUUUCCAGAGCAAGCAGAAUGUGAAGGGAAUUUCACUCUAUCGUUUCACAGUUCCUCGUGAAGCAUUUGCAUCACCUACUGAAGUCGGAGAUAAUUAUUGCUUCUGUACGGAUAAAGUGAUAUCACAGAACUGCACAUUAGCUGGAGUUCUAGAUAUUAGUGCCUGCAAAGGAGGAAGACCGGUAUUUAUCUCUCUUCCACAUUUUCUUCAUGCAAGUGAUUCUAUAUUGCAUGAUGUUGAAGGCCUGAGCCCGAAUGAGAAGGAGCAUGAGACGUUUCUAGAUGUAGAGCCUAUCACUGGUUUUACACUGCAAUUUGCAAAAAGGCUGCAAGUAAACCUCCUUGUGAAGCCUGCAACAAAAAUUGAAGCUUUAUCGAAAGUUCAAAAACCUUAUGUUUUUCCUCUUCUUUGGCUAAAUGAGUCUGCCGUUAUUGGGGAUGCGAAAGCAGAAAUGUUCAGAAAUAAAGUCACCGGUCGGGUCCAGAUGCUGAGUGUGCUGCAGAUGGUGUUAAUGAUCGCAGGUUCUGUGCUGUUCCUCGCAUUCAUGGGUUCCUAUUUCAUAUGCAGAUCAAAGAAAUUAAAAUAAGUAACAAAGACUUCAGAGGUAGUCAAUGUUCAAUUGAAAUUUCAGCCAAGCAGCUUGUUAAAAUUCAGAGACAAAAGGUAUGAUUCAAGGCACAGUCAGUCCAUAUGCUAUGGAAUUCAACUUGCUUCUCCAUUUUGAGAAGACCAACUCACUAACCCAAAUAAGCUGAUGUUUCCAAAGGUCCACACUUCUGACAUCACUAAGGAGGCCACCAUGGAAACUAUGCUUUCAAAUAACUUUGAUUAUUUGAACCUUGUUACAAAUUUUAAAGGACAUUCAAACAGACUGAAGUUGAGGUGCAGUUGGAUUUCAGUCCACCUUCUGCCAUUUAUGCAGCUUACUACUUUUUUUCCUCUGGGAUUUGCAAGACAAAUGAAAGCUGUUUGCUGAUGUUCUGUCUCUGAGUACAGACUGGGAAUGACAACACCUUGAGCUCAUGCUGUGCUCUAGAUGCUCUAUUUGCAAUGUUUCUUUCUGUUCCUUCAAGGAAUGGAAGCUGCUACAAUAGAACUGCUCUCUGUCCUCUAUUCAGGGAUGUUAAUUGCAUUGAAUGUGAAGUUUGUUGUGUAAAGUUACUAAUUGUAAUACACAAAGUUAAUAAAAGACUUACUAAAA